CUUAGCACCCACAAUGGCCAAGGCCAUGGCAGUCAAGCCUGUGCCUGGAGUCCAGGCCGUUGGCUCUACUACCACGGAAGCCACAGAAACCUCGCCAUUGCUAGCUACGCAACCCUCGACAUCGCCCUCGUACCAGCACGGUCCUUUAAAACAUCGAUUCUGGCUCAUUUUCUCGCAAGUCCUACUUGUACAGUUUAUUGGAUUCUUCGACACUACUAUCCUGUCAUCCUCCCAUCCUAUCAUCACGUCACAUUUUGGAGUAGCUAGCGGGGCAUCGUGGCUUUCGACAGCGUUUUUGAUCGCGUCGACGGCCAUACAGCCUCUCCUGGGCCGCCUGUCAGAUGCUACCGGUCGCAAACCACUUUUUGUCGGAUGCAUUGGUAUCUUUGCACUGGCUACUGCAUGGUGCGCCAUAGCAGGCACUUUCUGGACCUUCGUGAUCGCCAGGGCGUUCUGUGGACUCGGCGCCGGAGGGGCGAUGGCGCUGGGACAGAUCAUCACAAGCGACCUGGUACCUGUUGAACGUCGAGGCUCCUAUCAGGCGUACUGCAACGUCACCUUUGGUCUUGGCUCCUCCUUGGGCGCCGCUCUCGGUGGAGUCCUGGCCGAGACCAUUGGAUGGCGAUGGGAGUUUGGCAUCCAGGUACCCAUUCUGCUGUCAUGUUUUGGGGUGUCCUUGGCUUUUAUCCCUAGUGGCCUCGGAUUGCGGGAGCAUAGCCUUAGGCGGAGCAUUUGGACGACGCUUAAAGAAUUCGAUACUGGAGGUUCUUUAUUGCUGGCUAUUUGCAUCGUCUGUCUGCUUUUAGCAUUGAAUCUUGGUGGAAAUAUCCUGCCAUGGUCCCAUCCGUUUAUUGUGCUUUCACUUGGUCUCUUUGUCCUCUCUCUACUGGCCUUCAUGUGGACCGAGUCACGAGUGGCAAGCCCCAUCAUCCCUUUGCGAUUGGUGUGGCAUCGUCCGCACGCCAACCUCCUCUACUCAAACCUGAUUGCAGCCAUGCUGACGCAUGCGGUAUUGUUCAACAUGCCUCUAUACUUCCAGGCAGUGUUGUUGUCGAGUGCGACAUCGUCCGGACUCUAUUUGAUGCUGCCAUCUAUUGUCACGUCCGUCACAGCUGCCAUGACAGGUCUUACCAUAACUCACACACGACAUAUUAAGUGGGCACUUUACCUGGGGGUAUCUUGCUACCUUUUGGGCACGCUCCCUCUCUGGCUCCUGCAACGAAACAUGGCACAGGCUCUUUACCUCGUUGCUCUUGUCCCGUCAUCAAUAGGCCAAGGGCUCCAGUAUCCUGGAACUUUGAUAGCUAUGCUAGCAGUAUCGGCACAAAGUGAGCAGGCAGUCGUCACGACAACCCUGCUUCUGUGGCGGAGCCUUGGUAUGGUGCUUGGCGUUGCCGUCAGCAGCUUGGUUGUUCAAAAUGCCCUUGUGCACUACCUUGACAAAUUUGUCCAUGGCGCCGAGAGAGACCACGUUAUAUCUCUGGCCAGAUCUUCUGUCGCGGCAAUUUUGCAGCUGAACGCCCCGUACCGUCAGCAAGUCAUCCAGAGCUACGAAGCGGCACUACAUGCAAUGUUUCUUUCCUGCGCAGUCUUGGCAUUCAUCUCAGCUGUGGUGAUUCUGCCGCUCAAGUCAGUCCGGAUUGCACUCCCGCCACGUGCAGUUCAGAACAACUGAUGCGGGACUGCGAUAAACGGUACGCUUGUGGGUGCGGGACUCCAGUGGUAGGUCGUGGAUGGUAAAAGUACUUCAUAAGUAUAUUAUGCAACUAUUAGGAAAGUAAUAAUGAGGUCUAGGAGCUGGG